CCCAAAUUUUCUUUGGGGAUUUAGGAUUUACAAUCACUUCUUUAUACAAUGUUCAUCUGAUUCCAUGAUGUCAUCUUUAGCUCUUGUUCGGAAUCCACUGCUGAUCCUGCUAACUAGUUUCUUCCUUCUUGCAGCCGCUCAAGAGGGUUCCCGAAGUGUCAGCGUGGGCGAUGCUCUCCCUGCCGAUGAUCGAAACCUUACAUGGCGAUCACCAUCCGGUGAUUUUGAAUUUGGAUUUCGCCGUGUUCCAGACCAACAAGGUCUAUUCCUUCUUGCUAUCUGGUUCGCCAACAUACCCGAUAAAACCAUAGUUUGGUCUGCAAAUGAAGGCAACCCCGUAGAGAUACAAUCCAGAGUUGAGCUUACCUCCAAUGGCCUAGUGCUCAGAGCUCGUUCUGGCAUGGAGCUUUGGUGGUCUAACAGCACCCAAGAUGGCACUGGAGGGGUAUCCCAUGCAGCCAUGCUGGAUACUGGAAACUUUGUCAUCACAGGCAGGAAUUCAGAGAACAUAUGGGAGAGCUUCCAAUAUCCAACAGACACAAUCUUGCCAGGACAAGAACUAGGCCUAGACAGCAUCCUUUCAUCAGCCAUCUCCGGAACAAGCUACAAGAAGGGAAGAUUUCAGCUCCGUUUCACCUCCGAAUCUCUAGUCGUCAAUCAAAUAGAUGUCGUCACCGGAACAGCUUUCCAGUUUUACUUAAACAUCACAGAUGGUUUAUGAGGCGGUAAUCAAGGAAGAAACAAUCAAAGGAAUAAUAACUGAGGAAUAUUGCCAAUAAUUGCAUAGAUUGUAUCAGACCGUUUUCUCAUUAUUCUUGCCUUUUCCAUUUGCUUAAGUUUAGGCUAAAUAUCAGUCAUUAGUCUGUAUAUAAAGAUUGUGUACUGUA